UGAAUGAGGGAGGGGUUAAACGAUAACAAUGAUGUCAUAUUGUAGACUGGGUACAGUUGAGUCUGUUCAGUUCGAUCCUCUCUUCUCUGAAUGCAGGUGUAAAUGCAUUUGUUGGUGAAAAUAUAAAGCAGGAUUUUCUUUAAAGCAGUAAACUUGAGUAUCUGUCUGCCAGAUAUUCAAUGUCGUUUAUUUAUGAAAUUCACUCGGUUUCUGCACUAUGUGGAGUUUAUGUCGGAGGAUUAGAGUGUUUUUUCUUCAUGUAUUAUUUUUUGCUCACAAAUGGUGUGUUUGGUGUUGAUGGAGAUGAAGUGAAGUCAGUGACGGUGGGAGAUUCUGUUACUCUACACACUGAUAUUACUCAAAUACAGACAGAUCAGCAGAUACUGUGGAUGUUUGGACCUAAAGAGACUCGUAUAGCUGAAAUUAUUAAAAGAGCUAAUUUGAGCUUUAUAGAUGAUAAUGAUGGGAGAUUUAAGGGCACACUUAAGCUGGACAGUCAGACUGGAUCUCUCACCAUCACAAACAUCACAAUCACAAACUCUGGACUUUAUAAAUUAACUAUCAUCAGUAACAAAGGAACUUCAUACAAGAGAUACAAUGUUACUGUCUAUGCUCAUCUGCCCGUACCUGUCAUCAGCAGUAACUCUUCAAGCUGUUCUUCAUCAUUGUCAUCGUCAAACUCAAAAUGUGUGUUGUUGUGUUCAGUGUUGAAUGUGAGAGAUGUGAGUCUGUCCUGGUACAAAGGAAACAGUUUAUUGUCCAGCAUCAGUGUGUCUGAUCUCAACAUCAGACUCUCUCUACCUCUGGAGGUUGAAUAUCAGGAUACAAACACAUACAGCUGUGUGGUGAGCAAUCCUAUUACAAACCAAACUCAACAUCUCAACAUAAAUGACAUCUGUCAGAUGUGUUCAGAACUCCAGUAUUUUAUAUUGGUGAUAGCUGCUGUUGUAGUGUUGCUAGUGGCUCUGGUUGUAGGUGUGAUCUACUGCUAUUACAAAAAGUUUAAACAACCAGUUAAAGAAGCUCAGACUCCAGAGACAGAGAUAGUUUACACACAGCCAUUCUCUACACAAAGGCUUCAGCAUACGGAUUUUGUUGAAGCAGAUCGCACAGAAUACUCAUGUGUAGUGACACGGCAUAAGUAAAUAAAAUAAAUAACUUUUUGUUUAA